CAAAACGACAAAACCCAAGUUCCACUCUCACUCUCUCUUCAUUUUCUUGCAUUUUCUCUCUCAAUUUUCUCAACCGAGUCACCGAUUCAACUCACAAAGAUUCAACCUCCACCGUCUCUUGAUUCUGGGUCUCGUCACAAAUCCAUGGCUCCAACACCAUCUUCCAAAUCAAACCAUUUCACCAUGUUGAAGACUCCACAGUCCAAGCAUCGGUUGAACUUCAAUGGCGUCAAAGCUCCACUUUCACACCCAUCUCCCAAUCACAACCCUAACCCUAAUUCUGGUCCUCAUGAACACCCCAUUGAGGUUAUUGCGAGAAUCCGUGACUACCCAGAUCGGAAAGAUAAGCCAUUACCGGUUCUUCAGACGAAUUCCCAAUCGAGGUCGAUUAGGGUUCGUGCGGAUUUUGGGUAUCGGGAUUUUACUCUUGAUGGGGUUUCAGUGUCGGAGGAAGAGGAUUUAGAUUCGUUUUAUAAGAAAUUUGUGGAGUCAAGGAUCAGUGGGGUUAAGCUGGGGGAGAAAUGUACUAUCAUGAUGUAUGGGCCAACUGGGUCUGGGAAGAGUCAUACUAUGUUCGGGUGUUCGAAGCAGGCGGGGAUUGUGUAUCGGUCGUUGAGGGAUAUUCUUGGAGACGGGGAUUCGGAUGGUGAUGGAGAUGGUGAGUCUAAAGGGUUUAGUCUUGGUGUGGGGACUUUUGUUCAGGUUACUGUUUUGGAGAUUUAUAAUGAGGAGAUUUAUGAUCUUUUGUCUACCAAUGGAGGUGGUGGCGGUGGAGGAUUUGGAUUCGGGUGGCCUAAAGGCAGUGGUUCAAAGGUGAAACUUGAAGUGAUGGGGAAAAAGGCAAAGAAUGCAACCUAUAUAUCUGGAAAUGAAGCCGGGAAGAUCUCAAAAGAAAUUCAGAAAGUGGAGAAACGAAGGAUUGUUAAAAGCACGCUUUGUAAUGACAGGAGUUCUAGAAGUCACUGCAUGGUUAUCCUUGAUGUUCCAACUGUGGGAGGGAGGCUAAUGCUUGUAGACAUGGCAGGUUCAGAAAAUAUUGAACAAGCUGGUCAAAGUGGAUUUGAGGCCAAAAUGCAGACUGCAAAAAUCAAUCAAGGAAAUACAGCACUGAAGAGAGUGGUCGAGUCCAUUGCAAAUGGUGAUUCACAUGUACCUUUUAGGGACAGCAAACUUACCAUGCUUCUGCAGGAUUCCUUUGAAGAUGACAAGUCAAAAAUUCUAAUGAUAUUGUGUGCAAGUCCCGAUCCUAAGGAGAUACAUAAGACAAUCUCUACACUUGAAUAUGGAGCCAAAGCAAAAUGUAUAGUUCGUGGCCCUCAUACACCCCCAGUCAAGGAUGAGGAUUCUUCUUCUGCUGUUAUCAUGGGGUCAAGAAUUGCUGCAAUGGAUGAAUUUAUCAUGAAGCUUCAAAUGGAAAACAAGCUAAGAGAGAAAGAGCGGAAUGAAGCGCACAAAAAGCUUAUGAAGAAAGAGGAAGAAGUUGCUGCGCUAAGAGCUAAACUGGAAGUGACUGUAGGCAAAGGAAUUCCUCCAAGUGAGGAGGAGAUUAACCUCAAGGUAAAUGAACGAACCCGGCUUCUGAGACAAGAGUUGGAAAAGAAGUUGGAAGAGUGCCAAAGAAUGACUAAUGAGUUUGUUGAAUAUGAGAGGAAGAGAAUGGAAGAAAGGAUAUUGCAGCAGCAGGAGGAAGUUGAAAUUCUGAGGAAGAGGCUGGAAGAAAUCGAGUUGCAGCUAUGUAGUUCUUCAAGGCGUACCGAGGAAAACGAACCAAAAGAUGUGGAGUCAAGUGGGUUCGCAAGAAGGCUGAUGCGUAUUUACAAAAGUGAGGAGGAUCCUGGAAUGGUGAAAUCAAUGGAUUUGGACAUGGAUGAUCAAGAACCUGUUGCGCGUGAGGUGAACAUUGUGGGUGGAGUUAUGUGCAGGAGUGGUUACAAUGUUGUGCAAGACUUCUCAAAUCAACUUUGUCCAAACAUUCUGAAUGGUGCACAAGAAGAUACUUAUGCUUCUGCACCAAACUUUGGUCAAAGAGCAGGUCUCAGUACAGUGUAUGAAGAAGAGGAGGAAGUAGAAGAAGAACAGGAUCAAGAAGACAAAGGAGAAGAAGAUGAGGAAGUGGAGAAAGAAGUCAUAGAGGAAAAGAGGGUAUGUUCUGUUGACAAGCCUAGUGCUGCUAGCCCUUUUGCAAUUCAUAGCAGAAGUCCAAAGAGAGAGGAUCAUAGUUUCAAGGGAAAUUCAGUGGAUGACAAGGAAAAUGGAUCUAGACUACUGAGAAUUCAAAAUAUAUUCACUCUUUGUGGGAACCAAAGAGAGCUGUCCCAGCACAUUGGAACCCCAGUACCUUCAAAAAAGAGGUCUGAUGAAACUCUUGAUCUCAAGUUUUCUCCUGUGAAGGAUUCUGUUUUGAAAGUCUCCAACAAGGAGAACAUGGGACCUCAUAAUGUUGUGGGAAAUUAGUCACAACUGUUUGUAUUGAAAUUUGAAAAAAGUUGUACAAUAUGUGAUGAGCAUGUGUUUCCUUCUGGAAAUGUGUUGAGUUUCCUUCUGGAAAUAUGUUUUAUUGAGUACACUAUCUCAAACCUCAAUAUUGAUACUAUGUCUUUUUGAGGUUUACCUUAUGGAUGUGUAUAAAGACAUCAGAUUAAUUGUU